CAAAACGAGAAGGAGUAGCAGGAAAAGCAAAGAACACUUCAUUCUAAUUCCUUUCAGAGUCAGUCAGAAAUGUGGAUUCGUUAUUUUGUUUGUAGAAUAGCAGUCGGAGAAGUGAGCCGGAAUUUUCUUGUCUAAAUCAAGGAAAGUUUGAAAAUAUCACUUCAAGCAAGCCGAGAUUUGUAACAGAUUUGCUGAGAAAAUACUACACGCAGGAAAUCAAUAUUGUGGCUCAAAUUAUUAUUGGGUUCAAGUUACGGAGAGUUCCAGUUACAUAACUGCAAUCGCCGCAUGUCACAUAGAAACAGUGUAUCAUCUUGCUUGUCAGAAAGUAUCUCUGCUGACCUUUCAACAGUGAGCUUUCCGUGAGCUUCGCCUCGUCAGGAUGGAUUUAAAGUAUACUGUAACGGUAUUUUUUGUUUCUGCCUUGGCCUGUUUAACAACAUCAGUCUCAAGCGUGUGUCCUUCAAACGUAACCUCGGUGCCCUGUGGCCAUCCUAACGUGUCCGAAGUUCAGUGUUUGAACUCGGGAUGUUGUUGGAACGUCUCUUCUGGCGCAACCCCCACAAGGUGUUAUGGGAUCGCAAAUAAUCAUUCAGUGGUAAAUUCAACGGUUGCCAUGACAACAGUCAAGACUCCAAGCACCAAAGUAAAUCAAUCGACUAUAGCUGGUGGCACGUGCCAAGUCUACCGUGCCCGGGUAUGCGAACGAUGGUUGAACUACACCAUGCUGGAAUACCGCUGGACUCCCAGAUAUAUUGAUUACAGAUUCGGGUUGAACAAAACUGAAGGAUUGGUACUUGAAUUCAUGAAAGUAAUCGGAAGGAUAAACGGUCAAAGCAGAUGUAAGGACAUUUUGAGAGCCCUCCUCUGUGAAUAUUUUCUGCCGCCGUGUAACGAAGAAAAUAAACCGUACAACUUCUGCAGAGAGGACUGCGAAGCUGCUUUCGAAACAUGUCAUACUGCUGUGAUGGAGUUGCUCGGAGCGGCAAAAUACUUUAAAGAGGAAUUGGGCGAGCUCUUAGGUCAUGCCGGAGUUCCUAAUUGUACAGAACAUCACUAUUCCUCUUAUUAUAAGGUUAAGAAUUCCACCUGCGUGCACUUUGGUUUGUUUACCUUUCCGCCCCCGCCAACAACAGCCAAGGAUAAAGGGAAGGAAACAUUAUCGAAGUUUAACGUUGCCGUUAUAGCUGGUGCAGCCGCGGGAAUCGUAACUCUGGUUGUAUUUGUCGUGAUCAUCGCCAUCGUUACAAAGAGGCAAGCCAAAGUUGUGUCCAUAAGGAACAGAGUCCAAGUGGAAGCAAAGCACCGCGCCUCUGAAGACGACAAAAUCGCGAGCCUUUUUAAGCCUGAUGACGUCAAACAAAUACCGCUGACAAGGAUAGAGUAUAUCAGGGACCUGGGAUCAUGGAACUUCGGCUCAGUAUUUCUUGGAAGAGCACAUGGUUUGAUCAAAGGAAAAGACGAUGCAGGAAUAAAGGUCACUGUGAAGACAUUGGCCAAGGAAAGCUCAAUUGAUACAAAGGAGAAUUUCAUUGAAAAACUAGCACUGAUCUCUCUUCUGCACCACGAGAACAUCUUAGAGUUGCUAGCUGUUUCUACCGAGGAAGAACCUUAUGCGAUGAUCUUUGAGUUCAUGGAAUUAGGAGAUCUUACUCAAUUUCUAAGGAGAGCUGGGCCUUGCUUUGAGGGUGAUGAAAAAGAGAGAGUCUAUCUUACGCAAGAUGACCUGGUUUCCUUCUCAAUACAAUGUGCGGCUGGUAUGGAACACCUUCAGAGGCUAAAAUUUGUCCACAGGGACGUUUCUUCAAGGAAUUGCCUUGUGGGUCAUGGAUUUACUGUGAAGAUCGCUGAUCUCGGCAUGGCCAGACACAUUUAUGUCUCAGACUACCAUAAGGUAGAAGGGCGAGGUUUAUUACCUGUCCGAUGGAUGGCCCCGGAAGCUUUGUUUUCGGGGAAAUUCUCACUGGAGUCUGACGUUUACUCGUUUGGUGUCCUUCUGUGGGAAAUCUUCACAUUGGCCCUGCAGCCUUAUUAUGGAUACAGUGACGAAGAGGUUAUAAAAUUCAUCGAGGAG